GCUCCGCAGACCAGUGGUUCGAUGGUAGCCUAUUCACCAGACUGCAUUACACUAUGGGAAAGCCUAACAAUUAGUGUAAGUCAAAUAGCUGAAACAAUUAAUUCAAGGAUGGGGAAUCAGGCUGCAGAAGCCCCAGAAGAACAUGGCGCAAACAAAAAGUUGCGCCCCUUGUAAACACGCACCCAGGCGCCUCAUUACCAACUGAAUGGAUGAUGAGCUGUCAGGUAACAAGUCUUGAGGACGCAUGUCAAUUUCCUUUAAUGUUCUCAGCUACUUGUUAAACAUGAAAGGGGGUGGGUGAGAGUAUAUAAGACACCUCUAAUCUCCCAGUAGAGGAAUUUGUCAUUAACCGGCCCAAAACAUGCGUUCACUGGGACUCCUGGCUUUUGCGCUGCACGCAUCUCUGCUCGCGCUGCUGGCUCAGGGGCUUCAAAAAAGCGGAGAUGGAGUUUACAUGAGGUCGAUGCACCGUUUUUCCGUGAUGGACCGAUCAACCGGCUACCACCUGCCAACCUACAUGAUGCAUCUCUACAGGAACUUCAAGUCGAACUUUUCCAGGCCUGUGGAUAUUAUGGAGCGGGAUGUCGCAAAGCAAGCAGACACCGUGAAGAGUGUGGUCGCUAAAAGUCUGAUGUACAGACAGAGGCGCUGGACUGUGACCUUUGACCUUUAUGCCCUGCUGGCUGACAAGCAGAUCCAGGCGGCAGAGCUGAGAAUCCGCCUUCCACGGACAAAGAGCGCUUCCAACAUCACUGUGGAGGUCUAUCACCAACAUGGCCAGCCGUGCCAUACGGACAAGGGCUGCCAGGAGCAGCAGCUGGUGGGGCUGCUCACUGAAUCAUCGCUGGUCACUUCAUCAGAGAGCUGGAAAGUAUUCAACAUGACAAGUCCUCUCUUGAGCUGGCUCAGGGAAAAAUCAACAGCGAGAAUUCGAUACAAAAGAGUGUCGAGAAGAAGGAAAGCGGUAAAGACAAAGAGGGGCCUGUCAGUUCCUGAUCAGCCUCUCUAUGUGGUGAGAAGAGAGCAGGACGUGAGUGACCGGGCCUUGUUGGUUGUCUUCUCACACACUGGUUCUGAUGAAAACUCAAAGGCCAAAGCAAGCUUACUCCUUACAGCUGAACAAUCCAAGUUUUUGUCCCCUACUGAAAUCAAAAAGGCUCGCUGGCCGAAGAAGCGCAGGAGCAAACGGGGCCAGAGGGAACAAACUGUGCGAAGCCCACAGGUGUCCAAAAAAGGGAGUGAGAAACCUCUCUGUCGCAGAGUCGACCUGCAUGUAGACUUUAAUCAAAUUGGCUGGGGGUCCUGGAUCAUCUUUCCUAAAAGAUAUAAUGCCUACCGCUGUGAGGGUUCCUGCCCAGGACCCCUGGGAGAAGAUCUAAAUCCAACAAAUCAUGCUUACAUGCAGAGUUUACUGAAACAUUAUCACCCUGACAGAGUAGGAUCACCCUGCUGUGCCCCAACCAAAAUGAGCCCGCUAAGCAUGCUGUACUACGAGAACGGGGAAAUGCUCCUGCGACAUCACGAGGACAUGAUUGUGGAUGAAUGUGGCUGCCAGUGACAGCUGCAACCACCUCAAAACAUGGCCCAUGUUUCUGGGCAGUGUAACAGCACAGCAAUGCUGUGCAGAAGCAAACCAUUUCUGACACUUAGCCAGAAGGACAAAAGCUCUUUGAUAUUUGUCACUGUGCACUGUGAGAUUGUAGCUGAUAUAUGUGCAGAGAUACGGUUGUAAUUUGGGAUGUGAUCUCUGGUUUGUAAGGAGAACAUUGUUAUUUUAAGACGUGCCGAAAUACAAACUCAACGACAUCAUCCAGCCUUCCAGCUGUGUGCAGCUGUCACAACGAAAUGUUAAUUCCCUUAUAAAUUUCAUCAGUGUAAACGUGAAAUGGCAAUAAUACAGCACUGUUUUUAUUGUACACUACCAUUUGUGUAACUGUUAAUUAAAUGUAUAUUUAUUGUAAAUAAUAAAA